AAGUGUUUGUUCUUAGGGGGAUAGAAAUUUUUUGACGUGAUUAUAGGAAAUGGAAUUUUUAUCGAAGUGUGUUUGUGUUUGACUUAAUGAUAAGUAAUUACUUAAAAACUUCCAUACAUCUUGGGGCUUUGUCAGUAUUAGGUAGGUUGUUGAUGCUAAAUCAACGGGUUUUGGAAAUUUUGUGCCUAAGGAGACACAAUGUUUUAUUAAAAUGACUCUCUUCGUACUUAUCGCAAUUUCAUCCCUCGUCACAAUCUCGUCGCAAAGCGAGUCCUGCGAGAGCAAAAUCUACUGCCAAGGCUCUUUGCUCCACAUGGUCCAAAUGUCUCGAGUUUUCCCCGAUUCAAAAAUCUUCGUCGACAUGAAAAUGCAACACGAUGAAAAAACCACGCUGGAAAACUUUGACCAGUUUUUGAAAACGACAAACUCUAGACCAAAUCGGAAAGAAAUCAAGAAAUUCGUCAACGAACAUUUCAAACACUUCCAAGAGUUCGACAACUGGGUCCCACCGGAUUUUACGCCAAAACCGGAUUUUUUGGACAGGAUCAGCGACUCAGAAAUCCGGGAUUUCGCCCAGAAAGUGGUCAAAAUCUGGCCAAGAUUAGCGCGAAAAAUCAAAAAGGAGGUAUUGGAAUCAUCGGAAUUUUUCUCCCUAUUGCCGGUCCCCAACGGGUUUGUGGUACCAGGAGGGCGAUUCCGGGAGUUCUACUACUGGGACUCUUACUGGAUCAUGAAAGGGCUUCUUCUGUGCCAAAUGCACGAAACUGUCAAGGGAAUGUUGGACAAUUUUGCUUUGAUUAUCCGAAAAUAUGGGUUUUUGCCCAAUGGGGCUCGAGUCUACUACUUGAACCGAUCGCAACCUCCACUUCUUAGUAUCAUGGUGGGGGAGUAUUUAAAAGUAACGAACGAUACAGAGUGGUUGCGAAAAAAUAUUGAUAUAUUGGACAAAGAAUUGCAAUAUUUUCUCGAAAAUAAGCUAACGACUGUGAUAAAAAACGGUAUUAAGUACAGUUUGGCCCAUUAUGUGGCUAAUAGUGACACUCCGCGUCCAGAGUCGUACUUCGAGGAUAUCAAAAGUGCCAAAAUUUUGAAAAGUGAGGAAGCUCGAGCUGAGUUGUGGAAAGAUUUGAAAAGUGCGGCUGAAAGUGGUUGGGAUUUUUCGUCUCGAUGGAUGGUUGACUAUGUUGGUGGUACCAAAACCAAUUUGACUCAUAUCCAGACACGGAGAAUAAUCCCAGUGGAUCUUAAUGCGUUCCUUUGCCAGGCAUUUCAGAAAUUGUCCGAGUUUUAUACCAUUUUAGAUGACCACAAAAGUGCCAUUUUUUGGCUCCAAAAGUCACAUUUGUGGCAACAAAAUCUAGAACAAGUGUUUUUUGAUCACAUGGAUGGUGUUUGGUAUGAUUGGGAUAAUGGGUUGAAUAGACCAAGGAAGGGUUAUUAUGCUAGUAAUUUGACCCCAUUAUGGACACAAUGUUACCACCCGGAAAAUUCGGCUUAUUUAGGGCAAAAAGCGGUGCAGUAUUUGUCAAAAAAUGGAAUUUUGGACUUUGAUGGUGGUAUUCCUGCGUCACUUAUCAACAGUGGGGAACAAUGGGACUUUCCAAAUGCCUGGCCACCCCUCCAAUCAAUUGUCAUUUUCGGCCUUGACCGGACUGGUGACUUUGAAGCCCAAAAAACAGCUCAAGACUUGGCCCAAAAAUGGAUCCGGUCAAAUUUGGAGAGUUUCCACGAAACGGGUCAAAUUUUCGAAAAGUACAAUGUGCAAUACAGCGGUCAAAGUGGGCGUGGAGGAGAGUACGAUGUCCAACACGGCUUUGGAUGGACCAACGGUGUACUUUUCGAACUUAUAAACCGGUAUUACACUCAGGAAAAAUAAAAUUUUAUUGAGUAAGAUUUUUGUUUAUUUGACAUCUCUUGUCAAAAUUCACUUUCCUUCAUGUUGGUGUACAAAUUGGUGUAAAAAUGCCUGUCCCGGCUAAAA